AUUUAAACAAUUUAAAUGAGGAAGAUGGUGAAUUAGGUAUUUAUGAACAACAAAUAUUUGAUCAAGAAUUUGGUUUGUGUACUGAAUGUAAUCAACCAAAUACAUUUGAAGAUUGGUGUAAAGAAUGUUAUUCAAAGAAAUUUCAACAAAAUUUUAAUAAUUGGACUAGUGGAAAUAUGCAUAUAGAUAAAUUUAUUCAAGAAGCUCAAUUAAAUGCAAGGAAUGUAUAUGAAUCACUUGAAUGGAUUCCUUAUAAUAGAUUAAAAAAUAUUGUUUUCUUAGCUCAAGGUGGAUUUAGUAAAAUUUAUAAAGCAAUUUGGUUAGAUGGAUUAAUAGAUAAAUGGGAUUAUGAAAAACAGGAAUGGGAACGUGAAUUUGAAGAUCUUAACGAACAAGAUUAUGAAGAUGCAAUUAAUCCAAAAAUUAAAAAUCCUCUUAAAAAUGAUGAAAUACAUGGUCAAUAUGUAGUACUUAAAAGUUUAAAUGAUUCAUCAAAAAUUGAUGAGGAUUUUUUAAAUGAGUGGAAAUUACAUUUACAAUGUCAACAUGAAGUACGAUCAAAUGGUUCUGUUCUUGUUCCAUUAAAUGGAAUAACACAGGAUCCAGAUACAUUAAAUUAUAUUAUUGUAAUGUCAAAAUUACCUUAUGGUAAUUUAAGAAAUAAUUUAUUGAUAAAAAAGCAUAAUCCAAAUGAUAAAUUUCAUAAUUUACUUUUAAUUUCAGCACAGCUUGAGGGUAUUCAUAAAUUAAAUUUAAUCCAUGGGGACCUUCAUAAUGGAAAUAUACUUUGUUUUGAUCAUGAAGUAACAGUAAUUAGUGAUCUUGGAUUAUGUAGACCAGUUAAUCAACCUAAUAGAAAAAAUGAUGUGUAUGGAGUUCUUCCAUACGUAGCGCCAGAAGUUUUACGUGGUAAAUCAUAUACGAAAGCUUCUGAUAUAUAUAGUUUUGGGAUUAUUAUGUGGGAGAUGACAUCUGGAGUUUCGGCAUUUUAUAACAUUCCUCAUAAUUUAGAACUUUCUUUAGAGAUUUGUAAAGGUAAAAGACCAGAAAUUUUGGAAGGAACAAUACCUGAAUAUGUUGAAAUAAUGAAAAGAUGCUGGGAUAAUGAUCCUAAAAAGAGGCCAACUGCUGAAGAAUUAAAAUGGUUCUUUUUAGAAAGAAUUGAAAACUACCCAUUUGAAGAAGAUGAAGAAGAAAGAAUACCUGUUCCUGAAAAUGAACCAGAAAUUAAAUAUCACCCAAAAUCCUACUAUACAAGUAGAAAGAUCAAUUAUUCGACCAAAAUUAAUGAAAUAUUACAAAGUGAAAACUUGCAUCAUAUUGUUGAAGAAGAAGCCAUACAAGAAUUUAGUGACAAUGAAUUAGUUUUAUGAUUAUUUUUAUCUUGUUGGUAAGUAAAAAUGAAACAAUUUAAAUUAUUUUAUUAAAUUAACGAAAGAGUGGUUAUUUGUUUUUCAUUAUAUUAUCAAUUUUUUUUUAUUAUUAUACAUGAAGAUUGAAAUUGAUUUUGAUUAUUUU